CCGGUAAAUCCGGACGUUCCGUGAACCUCAGUCCGGAGCUGAAAGCGCUGCCCAGAUGCCCCUCGGAUUUCAUUCUUUGAGCGUUUGCCUUUUAAGCACCCGCUUCCUGGAGGAAGUGUCGCCUGAGCCGAAUCCUGGACUGGUGGGAAAUGGGGCUGGGGGGCCGGGUACGUUCUGCAGCUGUCAGCAGCCUGUUGGUUAAAGGAGAGUAUGUGGAGAACAACAAGAAUGCAGACAAUGAUUGGUUCCGACUGGAGUCCAACAAGGAAGGGACUCGGUGGUUUGGAAAAUGCUGGUACAUCCAUGACCUGCUCAAAUAUGAGUUUGACAUUGAGUUUGACAUUCCUAUCACAUAUCCUACUACUGCUCCAGAAAUUGCAAUCCCUGGACUGGAUGGAAAAACAGCAAAGAUGUACAGGGGUGGCAAAAUAUGCCUAACUGAUCACUUUAAGCCUUUGUGGGCCAGGAAUGUGCCCAAGUUUGGACUAGCUCAUCUUAUGGCUCUGGGGCUGGGUCCAUGGCUGGCAGUGGAAAUCCCCGAUCUGAUUCAGAAGGGCGUGAUUCAGCAUAAAGAGAAAUGCAGCCAAUGAAGGAUCAAGCCACUGAGGCAGGACAGAGGGACCUUUGAUAGGCUACGUUCCUGCUUUCUGUGCAUCACUCUUACUCAUCCAAUUGCUUCCUCCCAUACCCCUUCACCCAUAAUUGUUACUAAGUAGCUGCAUCAGGCAUUGCUGAAAAAAAGAAACAACAGCAUUGCUACUGAAUUUCUAAGGCUACACAGGGAGGGGAAAGACUGGGGCUUUGGGGAACCAAAAGGCAAUUUGUAUCCCUUUCCCAGGUGGAGCAAUGUGAGAUCCAGGAAGGAUGGGAGUGCUGAAAGUGGGUGCAUAGUCUUUUUGGUUUCUGGAGAUAACUCAUCAAUAAAAGCUGCUUCCUCUGGUG